GUAAAGUCUUUCUUUUAGUGUGCGAUUCGGGUUUGCUUGUUUUUUCACUAUUUAUCUUUCAUAGCUUAGCCAACGGGUUAGCUGAGUUUUCUUUUUAAGUUAAGAGAGUAUGGAGAGUUGUUGUGAUAGGGUUUUGUUGGUUCUAAUCGCAACUUCGGCAUUAAUCAUUCAUACUAUUUAUGCUCAAGACCAAGACCAAGAAGAUUUCAUCAAUUUGGAUUGCGGGUUACCCUCGUAUGAAAGGUCUCCUUAUAAAGCUUCUACUGGAUUGUGGUUCUCUUCGGACGAAAAGUUCAUACAGAGCGGAAACACUGGUCGAAUCCGAGAAAUUCCUGUGGGUUUCACAAAGCAAUACGAGACGCUGAGAUACUUUCCAAAUGGAUCACGAAACUGUUACAAUCUGAGUGUGGAUAAGGGACGUAAAUAUUUGAUCAGAACUGUUUUUUUGUAUGGAAAUUACGAUGGUCUUAACAUUAAACCGGUCUUCGAUAUUUAUCUUGGACCUAAUCUAUGGGCCACCAUAGAUUUGGUGACAAGGGUGAAUGGUACACAGCCAGAAAUCUUACACAUCCCAACAUCAAGCUCGUUGCAGAUUUGUCUUGUUAAGACUGGCACAACUACACCGGUAAUAUCCACUUUGGAAUUACGGCCGAUGGUAAGUAGUUCUUCUUAUAUGACGGAAUCUGGCUCCUUGAAACUUUACAACCGGUAUUAUCUUAACAAUACAGGAUAUCGUAUACGGUACUCCAGCGAUGUAUAUGAUCGCAUAUGGCUUCGGCUCUUCAUGAAGGAAUGGACACAGAUAUCAACCUCUUUGAAUGUGAACAAUUCCAACCGUUAUGUUCCACCACAAGUUGCACUAAAAAACGCCGCCACGCCUACUAAUGCGAGUGCGCCAUUGACGAUUGAAUGGAGCUCAGAAAAGGCUGAUGACCAAUAUUACCUGUACUCACACUUUGCUGAGAUCCAAGACCUGCAAACAAAUGAAACCAGAGAAUUCAACAUGGUAUGGAAUGAAAACCUUUAUUAUGGUCCUCUAAUUCCAAACAAGCUUCAGUUAACUACUAUUCGAAGCCAGUCACCCACAACUUGCAAAGGAGGAAAAUGCAGCUUUCAACUGAUAAGAACCAACAGAUCAACUCUUCCACCUCUACUUAAUGCUUUUGAAAUCUACACUGUUAUUCAGUUUCCACAGUCCGAGACAGAUGAAAGCGACGUGGCUGCUGUAAAAGACAUUGAAGCCACAUAUGGAUUGAGUAGACUCAACUGGCAAGGUGAUCCAUGCGUCCCUCAACAGUUUAGGUGGGACGGUUUAAACUGCAGCAACACGGAUAUGUCCACGCCACCAAGAAUCACUACUUUAAACUUGUCUUCAAGUGGUUUAGCUGGAACCAUAGCCGCUGUCGUUCAAAAUCUUACGCAACUAGAAACACUGGACUUGUCGAAUAAUAACUUGACUGGAGGGGUGCCAGACUUUCUAGUCAACAUGAAAUCAUUGUUGGUCAUAAACUUAAGCAGAAACAAUCUCACUGGUUCGAUUCCUCAAGCUCUUCAAAGGGAAGGACUAAAACUAUUCGUCGAAGGAAAUCCAAGGCUUUGUCUCUCCGAUUCAUGUGCAAAACCACAGAAGAACAAAAAGAUUGUGCCAGUUGUUGCAUCAGUUGCUUCUGCAGCCAUCGUUAUUGUUGUAUUGGUUGUUUUAUUCGUACUCAAAAAGGGAAAGUCAGCGAUCCUACAAGGUCUACACCUUCUACCGAGGACGUCAACUAUGAAUGCUACAUUUGCUGAAAAGAACAGCAGAAGGUUCACAUAUUCAGAGGUCAUCAAAAUGACAAAUAACUUCCAAAGAAUUUUAGGUAAAGGAGGGUUCGGCAUGGUGUAUCACGGUUUUGUAAAUGGUUCUGAACAAGUGGCUGUUAAAGUACUCUCUCAAUCUUCAACUCAAGGAUAUAAAGAAUUCAAAGCAGAGGUUGAUCUUCUUCUGAGAGUUCACCAUACACAUUUGGUGAGUCUAGUCGGGUAUUGCUACGAAGGAGAUAACUUGGCUCUCGUUUAUGAGUUUCUUUCCAAUGGAGACUUAAAACAACAUUUGUCAGGAAAAGGAGGUAGAUCCAUCAUCAAUUGGAGUACUCGACUACAAAUAGCUUUGGAGGCAGCAUCAGGAUUGGAGUAUUUACAUAUUGGAUGCACACCACCAAUGGUUCAUAGAGAUAUUAAAACUGCCAACAUAUUGUUGGAUGAGAAUUUGAAGGCUAAACUUGCUGAUUUUGGACUCUCUAGAUCUUUCCAAGGUGGGGGUGAAUCCCACGACACGGCAGUUGCUGGUACUCUAGGAUACCUUGAUCCUGAAUAUAACCAUUCAGGUCGACUGGGUGAGAAGAGUGAUGUGUAUAGUUUCGGUAUAGUGUUGUUGGAGAUGAUCACAAACCAACCUGUGAUUAAUCAAACCUCUAACAAUUCCCACAUAACACAAUGUGUUGGCUUUAAGCUUAACCGAGGUGAUAUUGCUGAGAUUAUGGAUCCAAACCUUCACAAAGAUUACGACUUUAAUUCUGCAUGGAGAGCUCUUGAGCUGGCAAUGUCAUGUGCAAAUCCUUCUUCUUCAAAGAGACCAUCCAUGUCUCAGGUUAUUAACGAGAUAAAAGAGUGCCUUGUGUGUGCAAAGUCGGGGAUAGGUAAGAAUCUAGAAUUGGAACCCCAAGAAAUAAUGAGCUCAGACACUUCCAUGGUUCCCAUGGCAAGAUAAUUUUGAGUGUUUUGUUCUUGUGUCACCAAUAAUGAUAUAGCUACAUUUUUAGCGAAUAUCUGUAAGCUAUUUAAAGACCGUAACUACUAAAUUGCGUAUGGUCUUGAAGAUAAACUCGAAGUCUACAUAUAAUCUUCAUUUUGCUUUGAUAAAUAAGAUGUCCAGACCAUAAAAUUCUCUAUUGUUUUGUUUUCUUCUCGUGUCUUGAGUACCACGAAACAUGUCAUUUUUUCUUUCACCUUCGAUAUUUCAAAGAUCAUUUAUAUCUGUUA